UGUUUGUUUGUUUGUGUGUGUGUUCUGCUGUUGGCAGGUGAGACGUUUUGUCUUCAAAGCAAAAAGUCGUGUCAAAACACCAUCUAGCUUCAUCUUUUAAACAUACCUACUUUUUUCUCUUGAGAAUAAUAUUGAUCAGAGAUGAUUUUUGGCUUGGAAACUUUUUUAUUGUCAGAUUAAAGAAAUGUCAUCAUCAUUUUUAUAGAAUCUGUGAAUAUUGUUUCAGUGGCUUAACUUUUUUAUUUUUAUUUUUAAUCCAGUACAAUUCGUUCGGUCACUACAGUUCCGUUGUAUGCCUACAAUACAUUUACAAUGAAUCACUUUAGAAGUGUUUGUUUUAUCCCUGUACUACGUAUUUGUUUUUCGUUUCGCAAUACAUUUCCAAUCAGUAUUUAAUUGAACACAGCUUCAUUUUUUUCCCCCUCUAUUCAUAUAGAAAAAUAUUUUGGUACCUUUUAGAGGUAUUUGAGUCGCCUCCAUCUAGAAGUACAUUUAAAUUGAAGAGAAUUUACUUUACUCUUCGGGGGCAUGUGAGUGCAUCGAGGAGUAUUUCGCGAGGGGUACCGUAACGCUGAUUGAGUAUUUUAUAGAUUUCAGAAUGUUGAGGUUCCAGUAGUUUUCACUGACUUUUGGGAAGUAUUUUGUCAACUGGAGAAUUUUCUGGUCACUUUUCGGAAGUGCAUGAGUACACAUCACAUCACGUUGUACAUCCACACUUCCGAUGCGACGGUUCUUAAAUGUCGGUCACUAAGGUAACACUUGGAGAGCCGAGUAACAAUUUAUUGAUUGAUUUAAUUUCAGGUGCCGUCUUUUGUCAAAAGUUUGAGAACAGCUGCCCAUGAGUCUCGGAUGAAACGCUCCGCCUUGCGUAAUCGUAUUUGAGGCCAAGCGGAUGAUUGGCCGGCACUUGUCGAAGCCUCCGGCGAGCGUUCAUUUGUCCGCUUGAACUGCGUCAAGUGGUUGCCGCGGCAACACCCGCUCCAUUCGGAUGACAAAGAAGAUAUGCGACACAUCCCCGCGGCGGCCGCGCAAGACGAGGGCACGCGUCCACAGUCGCUCGCAGUUGUUCAGGAUGUGGGUGGGCGUGGCGCCAUCCCGCCGCUGCUGGUUCCUCUGCCUGCUCGCUGUCUCGUCGGCGACGCUGCUCCGACCUCGCGAGCUGCGCCAUCUUCAGCUGGACGCUGACUGGUCACCGUUAGACAGAAGCCGCGCCCCCGAAGCUUGGCACGACCCCGCCCAGGUGGACGAGGACAACAAUGAAGAACGCGGGGACUUCCUGAUGGAGGCGGAGUCCUACGACCAGGACGGUUCGGCGUCGCGCGCCAUGCGCUCGGCCCGCCGCUGCAUCCGGCACCAGCAGUCGUGUUUGGGCUUCCCGCUGCCCUGCUGCGACGCCUGCGACACCUGCUAUUGUCGCUUCUUCAACGCCAUCUGCUACUGCCGCCGCGUCGGGCACGCCUGCCCGUCGGCGCGCACCUGACGCCGCCCUCCGCGAGCGGCCGACACACGAGCGCGCCGAACCACCAGGAUGCAUCAAACACGCCACCGCGCCCGCCGGCCCAGAAACACCCGACGUGCCGACGGGCCGCCGUGGUCCUCUUCUUUUGCCGCCGCUUCCCCUCGCUUCUCGUAUCCAUGUUGGAUCGACUGUGCUUGAAAUAAAGGAAGUCCUCCGUU